GCAGGCUGUGUGGAGCAGGGGUGUGAGCUGCCUGCCACCAAACCACACACCCCAUCCCAGUGGGAACUGGACCCCGGGCUGGCUGAGGGCCCGGGAUGGAUCCCAGGCCCGGGAUGGAGACAGGGGCAGCGGGAGAGGGGCUGGGUUUGAGUGGGAAGUGCCCCCACAACCAGGCCUGGCUCUGCUGCAGGCAGGAGAAGGAGGAAGAGGAGGAGGAGGGCACAUGUCUGACUGCAGCAGGGCAAUGGAGCCUGCUGGAAGCUCCCUCCCUGGGAGGAAGCUCCAAAACAUUUUGGACGACGACAGGCAUGUUCCCGCAGGAACUGAUUAUUGGUUUUCCCAAAUGUGUAAGAAUCAGCAAAGUCGCCAUCCAGUGUUAUUUGGUGCGGACCUUAAGGAUUGAAAGAAGCACAGCUAAAGACCCUGUGGGUUUUGAACAGUGCAUUGAAAAAGAUUUGCAGCACAGAGAAGGACAGCUCCAAAUGGAAGAAUUUCCACUUCCUGAGUUCCAAGCCACUUACUUGCGUUUCAUCAUCAAAUCUGCCUUUGAUCAUUUUGUGUCAGUGCACCGGGUGAUGGCAGAGGGCACGGCAGACAACACUUGAGCUCAGCUUAAAUUUGGGCCUCCAUUUUAUUUUUUUAUAAGGAAGUUUCAUUUUGAUAGCUGCACUACAGAGUAUGUUUAUUAUUAGAACCUUGUAUUAAAGUUUUUUUUUGAAGGUA